AUGAAGUGGCAUACACUUGGAGUGGUGCUGUUUUUAGGCCUACAAUUGGCUUUAACCUCAUCUAAUGAAGUGAAGCAAGAGACAAAGAGUGUGGAGCCAGCUGAAAGACAAGCACGGCAAUAUUGUGGUUGUUCACCUGGACCACCGGGUCCCCCAGGUCCACCAGGACCUCCUGGACUACCCGGAAAUCCAGGUCUUAAGGGCGAUCGUGGAGAAACCGGUUAUCCUGGACAUCCUGGUAAAUCAGGCAAAUCUGGUAGACCUGGUAUUCCCGGUAAUCCAGGACCACCAGGACGCCCAGGACGUCCUGGACCACCAGGUCCUCCAGGCCCAGUAGGUCCUCCCGGUCAUGGUCAUGGUGGUGGACACUAUCCAGUUCCCCCGGUAGUGGUACAACCUCCAGCACCAGCAUAUCCACCACCUUACCACGGUGGCGGUGGAAAUCAUCAUCAUCACCAUCAUCAUCAUAAUAAUAACAAUCAGGGACCUAUUUACGUUCCCGCCCCUGCUCCAGCACAUCCACCCAUAUAUCCCCAUCCUUAUCCACCUCCCCCAGCUUAUCCACCAGCACAAGGACCAAUUAUUAUUAUGCCUGGUGGUGGUGGCAGUAGCAGCAGUAGUAGCAGUGGUGGUGGUGGAGGAGGUGGCGGCGGUAGUAGUGGAAGUAACACCGUUCGUACUACCACAACUAAAAAACCAGCAAAUAAAAAUCGUAUGUACUAUGGCGACUAUGAUCAUGAGGGUCGCAAGUAUGCUGACAAUUUCGAAAACUAUCGCGAUGAUCAAUAUAACAGUGAAACCGAUGCAGCUCACAAAUAUUCAGCUGAGAAUAAUGUAAAUUCUGCUGAAGAUAGUUCGGAAUAUAAUAACGAAUUGCAACAUCCAAAUGAGCGGGCAUCAGAAAGUGGUGAAAAUUAUUCUCAAGAAGAUUUUAGUGAGAGAGAUAAUGUAAAUGAUCAAUCUCCAGAGGCUCGUUCUAAUCAAGCCAUAACAGUUACUAAACGCUCCAAAAGUCAUCAUAAAUAA